UCUUUCUGACUUACUUCACUCUGUAUGACAGACUCUAGGUCCAUCCAGAGGUGACUUCUCUUGUUGCGGAGGACCGGCUCUAGGAGCAUGGGCUUCUGUAGUUGCAGCACGCCGGCUCAGUAGUUGCAGUGUGCGGGCUCUAGGGCUUGUGGGCUUCGUUGUGGCACACGGGCUUAGUUGCUCCGUGGCAUGUGGGAUCUUCCCGGACCAAGGAUCUAACCUGUGUCCCCUGCAUUGGCAGGCAGAUUCCUAACCACUGUGCCACCAGGGAAGGCCCAAUAGUCUUACUCUUAUUCCCCUUUCCUGACCCUCAUCUUUCCUCCCCUUGCAAACAUCCUCAAAAACAUUCACAGUUUAAUUAACACCUAUGAAUAUUUAUAAGUUACUGCAACAUUUUAUUGACAAGGUAUUACGUUAAAAAAAAGGCUCUUAGCCAGGUGUUCUCCAAGAUUGGUUCGUGUGCUAUUAAAACUGCUUAUUCAGGACUUCCCCGGCGGUCCAGUGGUUAAGACUCUGCCUUCCAAUGCAGGGGAUGUCGGUUCAAUCCCUGGUCUGGGAACUAAGGUCCCGCAUGCCAGGGGGUGUGGCCAAAAAAAAAAAAAAAGUGCUUAUUCGAUUCGGUAAGUUUUGUGGCUCUUGUUGGUAGAGAUUUAUUUGACAGAUUUUUGAGGACAAUGGCACAGUGUCUGACUGUUUACAAAAUAUCAAUACAUGGGUAACUUCAGUUCAUAGUAAAAGGAGAAUCAGCUUGUGUUGUGAAUUUUCUUAUCUGUUUGCUUUGUUCCUUCUUUAGAGCUUCCAUGAAGUAAUGUCAUAGUCAUAAAUUUGAUGAAAGCAGGAUCUCCUUUGAAAUCAACUUGGAUUCUGAAGUAUUUAUGAGCAUGCAAAGUUCCCCAGGCUUUGCUGCCAAUCAGAGAGCCCGAACAAGAAGUGGAAUUGCAGAAAUCAAACGGCAGAGAAGGCUUGCAUCUCAAGCAGCUCCUGUCAGUUCAGAGUUGCUGACUUUACCGUAUCUUUCAGGGCAAUUUACUAAUUCUCCUUUGACAGCUACACAAGUUAUUCGGCCAACUGGCCAGAUUUCAACUCCUUUGAGGUCAAAUUUUGUAGUGGUCAACCAUUCACAGUCACAAGACACUAUGACCCCUGGAGAGGCUUUAAAUAUCAUUCCUGGUCCUCAGGAAAGGAAAACUCAUGCCAGUUUAAUGUCUCCUGGUAGACGCAAAAGUGAAUCUCAAAGGAAAACUAUCACUUUGUCUGGGCCUCAUUCAACAAUACGGAAUUUCCAGGAUCCAAAUACAUUUGCAGUAGAAAAACAAAUGGUUAUUGAAAAUGCUCGAGAAAAAAUAUUAAGCAACAAAUCUCUUCAAGAAAAGCUUGCAGAAAACAUUAAUAAAUUUUUGACUAGUGACAACAAUAUUGCUCAAGUACCUAAGCAAACAGAUAGCAACCCUAGUGAACCAGAGACUUCAAUUGAUGAACUCCUGGGACUUCAGGUAUGGAGUGAAAUCCACAUGUCUGAAGAAGCUAUACAGGAUAUAUUGGAACAGACAGAAUCCGAUCCAGCAUUUCAGGCACUCUUUGAUCUAUUUGAUUAUGGUAAAACAAAGAAUAAUAAAAAUAUAUCACAAGGCAUUUCCAGUCAGCAUAUGGAAACCAAUCUCAAUGUAGUCUUAGCAGGUGAAACUAAUCUAGCAGUUAAAGGUUCUUUUGAAACAGAAGAAUCUGAUGAUCAAUCUGGUCAACCCCCAUUUUGUACAUCCUAUCAAAAUGAAGACACAUCAAAUGUUUUGAAGAAUGGCAGCAACCAUGAUGAGCUUAGACAGGAAGCCCAGGAACAUUUUUCCCAGAUAGACUCUAGCAUCCAGAAAAAGGCCUUUAAAACAGUAGUAUCUACUGAACAGAAGUGUAACCUUGAUAUCACCUUUGAGUCUGUGCCUAAUUUGAAUGACUUUAACCAAAGAGUAAACUCUGAUGCCGAAUGUAAUCAGCAUUGUGCUGAAUUAUACACCAGUCAGAUGUCUACUGAAACUGAAUUGGCUAUGGAAGGUGAAAAGAAUUCUUUGUCUCCAAGUGUGCAGAAUGAAUCUCGAUUACAGCCUGAUCAGUCUGAAAUACCAAUAACUUCAUUUGUUUCCCUUGGUGGUGAAACUAACAAUGAGAACUUAAUUCUCUCUGGAAAAACUUCUCAGCUUUUAUCCCAAAAUAUUCCAUUAACUGGAAAGCCAUCUAAAAAAGGUCAAUUUUGUGAAAGUUCUGACGAUACAAGAAGACUUACAACUAAUUUCCAUGGUUCCAAGUCACCGGAUUCUAGAGAAAUACACCAGAGUAAAAUUGAAAUUAAUAAUGUGUUACCAGUUGCAUCACAGCAACUUUCAGAUUGCCAAGAUAAUUCUUCACUUCAAAGUAAAAUAUUACCUGUGUCUAUUGAAGGUUCGGGUUUAACUGUAUCUGAACAAAAAGUAGAAAUUCACCUUGGAAAUUCAGUAUCUUCAAUUAAACAACCAUCUAAUGAUUCAUCAUCUGUUGAGUUAAAUCAUACAGAUCAUGAACCUCAGCCCUCCAAGUCUGAGAAAGUUGCUUUGGGUUCACAAGAGCCUUCAUCUUCUGUAAAAGAAGAUGGAGAUAGUAUUUUUCUCUCUUUAGGUGAAAAUAACUGUGAGGAAGUUACAUUGAUACCCCCAGAAGCUAAUCCUAUAGAAGAUAUACAUUCUCUUCCUUCAGAAUCUGUGUGUUCUUCAAUGAGGGAUUCUCACCCUGAGUCCCAGAAUACUAGUGAUAAACCUGCUGGCAACAAGUCAACAGAGAUAGAUGCAUCAAAUAUAGUCUCUCUCAAAAUUAUCAUCAGUGAUGAUCCGUUUGUUUCCUCAGAUUCUGAACUUAACAGUGCUGUUUCUAGUAUCAGUGGAGAAAACUUGCCAACUAUAAUUUUGUCUUCUCCUGCUAAAUCACCUGCCCGAAAUGCAGAAUUAGUUAAAUGCCUGUCUUCAGAAGAAACCACAGGUGCUGUCUCAUCUGCUGAAGGAAUUGGGGAUUCAGCCUCAAUGGAACAGAGCCUUUUAGCACUCAAACCUGAAGACUCUACAGUAAACAACACUCAGAAUGAAGACAGCAUUGCUUUUUCAGCCAAUGUUACACCAUGUGUUUCCAAGGAUGGAGGAUACAUACAGUUAAUGCCAGCUACAAGCACAACUUUUGGCAAUUCAAAUAACAUUCUGAUAGCUACUUGUGUAACUGAUCCAACAGCCUUAGGAACAACUGUCAGUCAGUCAAAUGUGGUGGUGUUGCCUGGAAAUUCUGCACCUAUGACUGCUCAACCACCACCUCAGUUACAGACACCCCCAAGGUCAAACAGUGUAUUUGCUGUCAACCAAGCUAUGUCACCCAGCUUUUCACAAGGAUCUGCCAUUAUAAUUGCUUCUCCAGUCCAACCUGUACUUCAGGGAAUGGUGGGAAUGAUCCCUGUAUCUGUGGUUGGACAGAAUGCAAAUAUGUUUUCGGCUUCUCCUCGGCAGGUCCUUCAUAUGCCUUUGGCAGCACCUGUUUGCAAUAGAAGUAUCCCUCAAUUCCCUAUCCCUCCAAAAUCUCUGAAGACUCAGGGACUAAGAAACAAGCCUUGUACAGGAAAACAGGUAAAUAAUUUGAUGGAUUCAUCAAGUCACUUAGUUGGAUGCCAUGUACAACGAACUGAAGUUCCUGACAAGAAUAUGGCCACAGAUCUUGGGAAAAAAUUGGAAGAAAUAACAGUUCCCUUCUCAGUAGAAAGUAUAGUUCCAACUAGCAAAACCUUUGAAAGCCACAGGCGUGUGCUCUGUUUUGAUAGCACUGCUUCUCCUGUGGCGAAUACACAGGGGACAAAUCAUAAGACGGUGUCCCAAAACAAAGAAAGGAAUGACAUUUCAUUUUCUAAUCUUGACUCACCCAUUGUUUCCUCCACCUUAAAACCCCCUUCUAAUAAUGCUCUCAAAAGAGAGAGAGAGAAACCUCCUGUGCCUAAGAUUUUAUCUAAAUCAGAAACUGCCAUUAGCCGACAUACCAUAAAAGAAACUCAGUCAGAAAAGAAAGUUUCACCAACAGAAACUAUACUUGAAUCUUUCCAUAAAGCAACAGCUAAUAAGGAGAAUGAACUAUGCAGUGAUGUGGAAACGCAGAAAAAUCCAGAAACUUCAAAACUGUCUAAUGGGCAGCAAAAUGGGGGUGUACGGAAUGAGAAAACUAUAGCUUCACUGCAAGAGCUAACCAGAAAACAAGGCACAUCCUCAAACAGUAAAAAUGUCAUUUCAGUAGGUGCACCUGUGAAGGAUUUAAAACAAGAACAAACCAAGUCUGCCAGUUCUUUGAUUAACCCACUCACCAAACAUACCACAGAAAUGUUACAAGAUAUUCAGUGGCAUAGCCCAGUAAAUAGACUCGCUGAUAGUACUGAUUUAUCUGUACCCCGGACAUCCGGCUCAGGAGCAGGGGAAAAACAUAAAGAAGAACCUACAGACGUUAUCAAGGUCCCUUCUAGUAGGCGUUAUGGUGAAGACAGUAGCACACCCAAAGUAAUGGUCCCUCCUGUCACCCCAGACUUGCCCGCCUGCAGCCCUGCCAGUGAAACAGGGAGUGAAAACAGUGUAAACAUGGCUGCCCAUACAUUAAUGAUUCUCUCCAGAGCAGCCAUCUCUAGGACUACUUCAACUACUCCUCUAAAAGACAAUACACAACAAUUUAGAGCAUCUUCAAGGAGCACCACAAAAAAGCGGAAAAUCGAGGAAUUAGAUGAGCGUGAACGACACUCCCGUACUUCUAAUAAAAGUCUUGCAAAUUCAUCAAUACCAAUGAAAAAGAAGAAAAUUAAGGCAAGUUUGAAAGUCUUAAUUUCAAAACCACACCUUGCCCUUCCUUCAGUGCUCAGAUUAAAGAUCUCAUCAUUUUUUGCCAUAGCUACCUAACUGAACAUUUUGGUCAAGAUAGCUUUGAAUUUUGAUUGACAAAAUACAUUCUCUAGCAGUAUCUCUCAGCCAGUGUGGUACUCAGAAGUUAUCUAAAUGAAACAUAGCAUUUUCAAAACAGUUGCUAAGGCAUGUAUUUAUAAACAUCUUCCUUGGUAAAAGGAGGUUUUUGUUUCUGUCAUGGUAGGACCCAAGGUUUGGUGGGGAGAAUGACAUAACACAUGAAAAAUUGGAAAGCCAUUAUUGUAUAUGGAAUUACCAAGUGAAAACUGCUUUGCAACUCCUCCAUCUUAGGUUUUUUCCACAUGUCCUACCAACUCUUCCAUAGAUUCUAAUAUAAGUUAAUGUGUUGGAGCAGUAUAAAAAUUAAAUUUACCUGUUUCUUCUUUAACCACGGUUAUCUGUAGGAAAGUAAUAUAGGAUUAUCAUUAAUAAAGCCAUUUUUUCCUAAAUCUGUUUAGCCAUUUAGUAAGUGGAUUGAAUAGAAAGGUUUAAAAUGUCAUAGAUGAAGUAUUGUGUCAGGGAAAGAAUCUUGGCUCUGCUGCCUUGCAAGCCUGGGUUGAAUCCUGCAUCUCCUGCUUAUUGGUUCUUGACUAUUGUUAAGCCCAUAACAUCUGAGUCUGAGCUGCAUCAUUUGACAUGAGGUUACCACACAUCUUACCCAAUGGCUGUGAGGACUAAAUGCAGUGUUUGUAAAGUGCCUAGAGUAUGUUAAAUGUUUGGAACUAGAAAAGUACCUGUUAACUCUUAAAAUCUUAGUAAAGCUUUCUAAAGCUUACAGUUUAGCAAUAAUGACCACCUUAUAAAAAGCAUGUUCUCUCGUCUCAUUCAACAUUCAUACAAUCUGAAUUUGUAUAAUGUCUUGUGCUCUAAAAUAAUGAAAUAUCAUUGAAGUAUAUUUUAUUAACCUUGGAUUUAUAAAAAUUGUCUCUACUUCUCUGUAUAACUAAAAUGCUAAUGAACUAAACUUUUGGCAAAAAUUUUGGUAGUAUAUGAAAGUACCUGAUAUGAGGGUCUAUGUGACUUAAUAAGAAAGCUAGCUUUUUGGCCUUGUUUGAGUUCAAUAUGUUAACUUAGGUUUAUUUUUUCUUUCUUUCUUUCUU